CGUGACCUGGGUCGUACAAAGCAACAAUUUAGUAUCGCUUGAUCUGGCAGCACUCCGAGUCAAAAAUUCGCAUCUACCCUGAUAGGAAAUUUUCAUCCCAACGAUGAAGAUAUUCCACUAGCUUCGCCAUCGUUCCCUCUAUUGCACUCAUUACUUCGAGUCUAAGGAUCAGUAUGAUGUACAUGAUUUUUGGGGGUCGACAUUGUAGGCUCAGCUACUACUAGUAGUACUAUAGGCAGCUCAAGCGCCAAAUAGACAUUUUCGUCUAUCAUCGGCAGCUGCCAUUGCCAUGUUCCCAUAACCUUUCUGCCUUGUUAUUUCCCCCCCCGCAUAUCUGGACUUUACUAUCUUUGUAUUUAACCAAGGCAGCUCAAGGCGCGGCGCAUUAUUCCACUUCCCAUCAUUUUUGUUCUCACUAAUGGAUCCCCCCAAAUCUUCAACAACGACAUUUCGUAUUACUACUUCCCUGGGUCCCGCAGGCCAAUUUGCGAACUCGUCCAUGACCGUUACCGAGCUUAAGGGCCGAACAAAUCACGAAAAGGGAGAACACUAUCUACAAUUAUCGCUGUCAGCCCUGCGAGAGCUAGCUGACCUGUUGGAAAACGAUCGCCUCUCACCAACUGAGAAAGCUAUCUACGAUCGAGCUUAUACCACUGGCCAACGUCAAUACGAUGAAGCGAAACGAAUCAGAGACCAACUUUUGGAGCAGAAGAAAACCUUCCGCAAGUUCUUUGUUAACCUUUUCGUCCGCACGGAUGCCCGCCGGUUCUAUAAAGUCUCAUAUGAAACUUAUUCGAGCAUUAGACGAACUUCAGAAGACCUAGUUAGACGAUUGCUGCCAGAUAAGAGUGUUAUCCUCGUAUCAGGGAGUCACGGGGAGAAGCCCUCGCAAGACCAUGUUUCUGUUUGUGAGGAGGAUCCACGGGAAGUAGUCGAAGGCAGUCUUCCAGUCGCCGAUCUUCCUCCCAACGAAACCAUCAGAGGUAUAACUGUGGAGGUACAUAACGAACAAGAAGAGCAAGAGGUCUUUGCGAACCUGAAGCGAAUAACGAACUCCAGAAAAGCAGACGAAGACGAGGAUGAGGAUGAGGAUGAUGGUCAAACCAUCAAACCCGCGCCCUCACAAAGUAGACCACCAUCUCCUAGCCCCAGCUGCACGAUCAUCUGGAAUAAUUAUUACAUUAACAAAAGCGUGGCGUCCUUCGAUUCAGAAUUGACCGGAACAACUUUGAACAUCGGGGUAGAUGGAGGGGUCGGUCCCUCAUCUGGUUGGCUUACUGAUACCAACCAGCCACCGUACGCAUGAUGAGAUUGAUUUGCAGGCGGAAGCAUGUUCAUUAGAUCUAGUCGGCAGUGCUGUAUUGAUAUAACAUCGAUCGGGUAUUCGUCGGUCUGUGGAUCUGCUCGUAGAGCUAGAAAGUCAUGACAAUGGUGAUGAGCGCAAGCACCGUAAUUACGUCUGUACCUCCAAUCAAUCUGCAUUACUG